CCAUUGUAUUUGUAUCAUCGUCAAGGUCUUUGCUCUACUUUUUUUCUUUGAGUACCUCCACCACAUCCAUCCAUGGCAUAUUAUAUAAAAUAAGAUUAAUGGAAGAUUAUUUGACAUUGACAGUGACAACAAUCUUUCUCUCUCUUAAUCGAAGUGAAACAAAGCAAGAAAACCAAGAAAACAAUGAGCAAAACAAGCUCUGGGACAAAACCCACACGGGUCCUUCCCUACCAGACCCCAAGCCUGACGGACCAUUACAGCACAGGAAAGAAGCUUGGGCAAGGCCAGUUUGGGACCACAUACCUGUGCAUCCACAAGUCAACAGGGCAGCAGUACGCCUGUAAGUCAAUCCCAAAGCGGAAGCUGAUUUGCCAAGAGGACUACGAGGACGUUUGGAGAGAAAUCCAGAUAAUGCACCACCUCUCGGAGCACCCACAUGUGGUCAGGAUCAGGGGCACCUAUGAGGACCAACUUUCUGUGCACUUGGUCAUGGAGCUCUGUGAGGGUGGUGAACUUUUUGAUAGGAUAGUCGAGAAAGGUCAUUAUAGCGAGAGGGAGGCUGCCAAAUUGAUCAAAACCAUCGUUGGAGUUGUUGAGACUUGCCAUUCUCUUGGGGUCAUGCACAGAGAUCUUAAGCCUGAGAACUUCUUGUUUGAUACUAUUGAGGAAGAUGCCGCCCUCAAGGCCACUGAUUUUGGGUUGUCUGUUUUCUACAAGCCAGGUGAAUCUUUUUCUGAUGUUGUUGGGAGUCCAUACUAUGUUGCACCAGAGGUUUUACGGAAGCAUUAUGGACUUGAAGCAGAUGUGUGGAGUGCUGGUGUUAUUCUUUACAUAUUAUUAAGUGGGGUGCCUCCAUUUUGGGCAGAAACUGAAAUGGGGAUCUUCCGGCAGAUUUUACAAGGGAAAAUAGAUUUUGAUUCAGAACCAUGGCCUGCUAUUUCUGAAAGUGCUAAGGAUCUCGUACGAAAAAUGCUUGACCGUAACCCAAAGAGAAGGCUAACUGCUCAUCAAGUCUUAUGCCACCCAUGGAUUGUAGACGACACAAUUGCGCCCGAUAAACCUCUUGAUUCUGCAGUAUUGUCACGCCUGAAGCAGUUCUCAGCAAUGAACAAGCUUAAGAAGAUGGCUUUGCGAGUUAUAGCAGAAAGGCUUUCAGAAGAAGAAAUUGGUGGUCUCAAAGAGUUAUUCAAAAUGAUUGAUACUGACAACAGUGGAACAAUAACAUUUGAAGAAUUAAAAGAUGGCCUGAAGCGAGUGGGUUCUGAACUUAUGGAAUCUGAGAUCAAAGAUCUUAUGGAUGCAGCAGAUAUUGACAACAGUGGAACUAUUGAUUAUGGUGAAUUCCUUGCUGCUACAGUGCACCUGAAUAAACUGGAAAGGGAGGAGAAUCUGGUGUCUGCCUUCUCCUUUUUUGACAAAGAUGGUAGUGGAUACAUAACCAUCGAUGAACUUCAACAAGCCUGCAAAGAGUUUGGAUUAAGCGACGUCCAUCUUGAUGAGAUGAUCAAAGAAAUUGAUCAAGAUAAUGUAUUGUCAGAACUCGGGAUGUGAUUUUGUCAAUCUAUGGAUUUUGGGAAAGUGCUCAAAGACACGUCCUUUUUCUUCCAUUCCUUUAAAUACAUAACUGCCCAUUCCAGACACUGGAUCGAUAUUCCGCAUCAAGACUUACAACCAUGACUCUUAUGUUCAAUAAAGACAACAAAAUCAACUUAUUCACCUGUUGCAUCAACCCUUGCAACAGAGUAUUAACCUGGAGUUCCACCAAAGGCAGAUCUCUACGUGCAAUACUAGUGUCUAUGCACACCUAGAAGGAAGCUUUUUUUCUGGAUGCCUUGGACACCUUCGAAAAAAAUCUCGAAUUUGGUUAUUCAUCCGUAAGGAAAACACAUAACAUGAACCGAUUUAUCAUACUUUUCCUCGCUAUAGUAUUUUGUUUUCCUACGGAAAGCAUUCAUUGUUGACAGUCUAGAUGAUUAGUAUAAGACAAUACCAGCAUACCAGCUGAAGAAAAUCAACUAGCGAAGAUUUAUAAGUCCAGUGGAACUGAUAAAUUCUAGAAGUAAUGCUAACUGACAGUUUCAGACAACCAAAUCCAAGGCACCGAACUUCAGGAGUAGGGAAGAAACUUGAAAUGA